AUGGCCCUCAGGUACCCAGCACGUGCCACCCCACCCCACCCCACCACCAGGAUACCCAAGAGAAAGGCCCGCUCUGCCAAGGAGGAGCCCAAGAGGAAGUCGGCAAGGUUGUCAGCCAAACCUGUUCCUGCAAAAGUGGAAACGAAGCCAAAAAAGGCUGCAAAAAAGGAUAAAUCUGCAGACAAAAAAAUGCAAGCAAAAGGGAAAAGGGGAGCACAGGGAAAGCAGGCCGAAGUGGCUGACCAGGAACCUAAAGAAGGUUUUCUACCUGCAGAAAAGGGAGAAAUUAAAAUCCAGGAGAGUCCAGCCUCCGAUGAAGCAAGAGAGAAAGAAGCCAUGUCUGAAAUAUCAUAG